UUAGUGCAAAAAUAAGACAAAUGAUGGCUCGAUCAAGCUACAUCGUACUCAUCGGUAUUGCACUGAUGUGCGUUCUGGCGGAAGAACUUUAUUCCGAUCGGUUCGACAAUACUGAUUUCUCAAGUAUCCUUCAAAAUGACAAAUUGCGAGAAGAAUAUUACAAUUGUUACAUGGAAAAAAGUCCAUGCCUAACAGAAGACGCGACAUUCUUUCAAGGGAUUAUGAGCGAAAUUAUCCAAACUAGUUGUAAAAAAUGUACUGAAAAACAAAAAGAAAUAUUUACUGCGGCGAAGAAUUGGUUUACACAAAAUAAACCUGAACAAUGGGAAGCUCUUGUCGCAAAAUCUAUUGAGGAUAUGAAAAAGAAGAAUGCUGGUUUAUAAUUGCAGAAAGAAUCG